AAGUACCUUUUGUCUUUCUAAGUGCCAAAGUAUAUCACCUCGAUAAUUCAUAAAUAUCCCUACUUUUUUAAAAUAAGCCUACAACUCCUAGUGCCUUAGGUUCCGUGUAUAAGUCAUUAUAUACAGCAUCUCACUACCGACAGACGAAGUUGCGAUCAGACAUUAUACCCCUCCUAGCAGGGUGUAGAAAAAAGUCAUGGCGGAAAUUCAAGCACGACUCCAGGCCCUGUCAGAGGAUUACACCAAAUUACAACAAGAAUUACAAGCAGCCAUCCAGUCACGGCAGAAGCUUGAGGCCCAGAAGCAAGAAAAUUCCAACGUUCAAAAAGAAUUUGAACGUUUGAAGGAUGGCGAGAAUAUCUACAAAUUAGUUGGCCCCAUAUUGCUUAAGCAGGACAAGGUGGAGGCUGAGAGCACGGUCAAUGGACGGCUAGAGUUCAUUGGCAAGGAGCUUGAGAGAACAGAAAAUCAGAUUAAGGAAAUCCAAGAAAAGGUCGAGAAGAAGAAAGGAGAAAUCAUCCAAGCUCAAGCAGGAUUGCAGACAGGAGGUGGUGCACCGGCAAAGGUAGCAGCAAAGGGUUAAAGGGGUGUAAAACUCACUGCAGUUCGACAUAUAAAUCAAAGAGUGUCGUCCCUGUUCAUGAUCAGGGCAAAAAGAAAGACCAAACACUGCAGGUCCCAAUCACCAAAGUACAAGCCUUUGAAAGUCCUUAAACUUAUGAUUCAUCCAGUAGGCGCAAGACUAAAAUAUACUUAAAUAUAUCUUUAAAUGUUAAUUUCUAUCAAAGAAAUAGGCAUCUAUAUUAUCACAUGUAUAUACGAAGAUAUUCAAGCUACAUGAAAAGGAGUACCUUAGGUAGGUACCCUGAGGUACACCUGCAUUAAGUAUUUGCAGCACUACAGCGCUAUUAUCUUAGCGCGUGACGUAAUCAAAGUUCCCC